CUUUCCACUCGUUACUCGAAGAAAAACCAGAGAGAGAUAGUGGGAGGAGCGAAAGAGCGAUGGAUAGCAGCGACGCCGCUCGAAGAAGAGCGCUGGAUCAAGCCUUCGGCGAAUCCAGCGAUGAAGAGGAAGCAAAUGACGGCGAUGCCCUCGUCUCGGCGCUGGAGAACAAAAGAGCCAGAUGGGAAUCGGUCCAAGAGAUCGCUGGUCUUUGGAUCUGUCGUGAUUUCCUCUCAGAAGCCCAGCAGUCUGCGCUUCUCUCUGCAGUCGACGGAGAACGAUGGUUCAGUGGAAGUUUUCAUAAUCAGGCUAUGAGAUUUGGGGAUCUUCCAGAAUGGGCAACUGAACUGGCUAGAUUAGUUCGCAAAGCCGUGUGUUUUGGUGAAUCAUCAUUGAAAGGAGACAAGGAUUUGGUUGUUGAAGAUCAAUGUAUGGAAGAACCUUGUCCCUUGCCUUUUGAUCUCUUGUGGAGGGAACCGCUGUUUGACCAGCUUAUUGUAAAUGUAUACAAACCAGGUGAGGGGAUAUGUGCACAUGUGGAUUUGAUGCGUUUUGAGGACGGAAUUGCAAUAAUCUCCAUGGAAUCUACAUGUGUGAUGCAUUUUUCUCACUCCAAACACGUACUCAACCCUGCUGGAAACCAAGAAGAAGAUGCAGGAGAGGGUUCAUACACAAGGAUUCCCGUGCUCUUGAACCCGGGCUCUCUAAUCCUCAUGUCUGGUGAAGCUCGGUAUCUUUGGAAGCACGAGAUAAAUCGGAAGCCUGGAUUUCAAAUUUGGGAAGGGAAGGAAAUCGAUCAACAGAGGAGGACAUCAGUGACACUGAGAAAACUCUGCUCGUCACCACACCAAAACUGAAGAAUGUAUAUAUGGGAUUUGGAUCCUCUCGACUAUCGACUAUCAAAAGUAAGGGGGAGCACUACUUUUAAUCACAAUCAUCUGUUACUAUUGGAAAAUUAUGAUCUGUCUUGAGUGAACUUGGAAAGAAGUGCAAGAUUGCAAAUCACAGGAGACUAUCACUUUUGACUACCAAAAGUAGCGGGGAAAUCACUGCUUUUAGUCGCAAUCAACUGUUAUAAAUUGGACAAUUAUGAUCUGUCUUGAGUGAAACUGGAAAGAGGUACAAGGUUGCAAAUUACGGGAGACUAUCAAAGUUGCGGUUAGAGCGAGCCUCGUCACUGUUUUUGGCAGUAGAGAGGAUCGAAUUCACUGUCUCUAUGUUGAUAUCCUUAACAGCACGUUGGCAAUCUGCUAAUGUCAAGGGACUACGUAUCCGAUAAUUUUUUGUAGUUGAGUUACCCUAGGUUUCCAAAUACCCUGAGAAACAAACGAACUAUUCAGCAACACGCAUUUACAUUAUGCAAAGUAUUCAUGUAAGCGUGUAAGAUUUAUGAGCAACAAAAUGUACUUGGGAGUUUUGCAGAUACUGAACCUGUGGAUUUAUUGUUUUGAUUGAACUUCAUGUCCUUUUGGGAGACUGGUGUUGUAGUAAA